GCAAAAUACGAAGCUGAUGUAACCAUACCUCUCCUAAUCCCAAGGAAUCCCUACCUAGGUAGUUAUCCGCUCCCUCUUCCCGUCUCGUCUUCCUCACCAACCAAGCCUCCUCCUCUCCCUCCACCCGACUCUUCCUCCUGUCUAUCCUACCUCAUGGUCAUUCGUUCUGCCAAACCUGAUCCGACCUGCCAACCCUCUCCAGUCCUCUUUCCCUCGUUUAUUCUUGUCUCGUUCUUAAUUUCCUUCCUUUUUUCUCUCUCUCUGUGUCUUCUACCAGAGGGUUGAGGCUUGUCGCGCCCCUAGAAUAUCUCGCUCGUUCUCACACGCACACUCACUCAAUCCCUCAAUACCGAGGACGCGCUUACUAUACAGUCAACUAUAACCACUGGAUAAUCUUGAACCUGUUGCGUGCGGGCUCAACAAAUUCCAGGUUUGGCCCGUAGUGCGUCUGAGUCGAGAUUGGCCGGCUCGUGACCACAAAACCCACCUGUCACCGACAAACUUGCCACCCGUCCCCCCCAAAAGGAGGGGAUAACCGUGGGUAUACCCGUCCAACUCACGCCUAUCAUCAUUCAAGCUCCGUUAUAUUUUCAUACUCAUCGUCAAUCACCAUGCGUUCGAUGCGGUUGGCCCGCCUGAUGGCGGUGGCACUUUCUGUCACUACCGUAGCUCACGCUACUUGGCUGGACGAACAGCUCUUCGGCAAGGCUCAUCGCGAAGUGACCAAGAGACAAGACAAUCCUGGGUCAAUCUUAACCGGUCUUCUCUCCUCCUCGUCUUCCCCCGACACUCCUACCCCCAGUACCGAUGAUUCCGAUACACCCGCGCCGACUUCCGACAACCCACCCGAGUCAACCAGCACUCCUCCUCCAAACCCGCCCACCACUACGUCUUCGUCGUCGCAAACGACCCCGACGCGAACGACCCAGAGCCCGACGAGCGAUAACGGACCAUCUACCACGCCUCCUCCAACGUCCAGCCCCAGUUCGCCUGAUUCACAACCUUCUUCAACGACAUCUGGAGGUGACAAUGAAACUUCUGAGACUGUGACUACCCCGCAGCCUCAGCCUUCUACCUCGACCUUCGUCACCGUGAUUACGACGACGAACUCGAUAGGGGAGACUAUCGUUACCUCAUCCUCCAGCACUAUCGUAUCUACGCCCACCGUCGCCCCUGCCGAAUCUACUCAACCCCCUGGUAUGCCUGAUUCGAUCAGGAAUACAAUCAUUGGUGUCACCGUUGGCGUGGGGGGUGCCAUCGUCCUCGGUGUCGCCGGUGUACUAUUCUGGAGACUCCGCAGCAAGAGACGAAACCAGGAAGAGAAUGAGGAGUUGGUUAGCUACGGUGACGGAUUUGGCGGCCCCGGUACCGCGGAGAAGACGACAGAUGCCAGCGGUAGCACCGCCGGCCGAACACCUUUCCAGAGCACGCUCGAGAGUUACCAUGCGCCGACGUCGACGAACGCGGCCUCCAACUUCUAAACACUUGGACACGGGCCCUCCGUAACGGCUCUCCACGGCAUUCUUUUUAAACCUUUUGGCGUUUGGAGAUGUUACGCAAUGCAUCAUCAAAAUCCUCAUUUUCAUAAGCCGGUAUCAGGAAAUUAGACAGAUUCCCCCGACAUUCGCGAGUUGACGAUGUGCUAGAGAAAGAAGAGAAGAGACAAUAAGGAGACGGAUGAGGCAUCCCCAUCCGCCUUCCGACCUAAUCGCAUCCAUUUUCAAGCAAUGAUGGUUUUGCGGCGGAGUAAGGAAAGAUGGGGAGCACGAGAGGGGGAUGAUUGAUGGCUCGAUGAGCGUAGCUCACGUAACUCUUGAGGGAGUGUGUGCGCGUGAGUGAGUGGGUGAGAGAGAGGAGAUGACAAGGACGAAGGAGAGAGGGGAAUGGUGAGAGAAGAGUACCUUUGUAUACAGUUUCAUAAUCACCGGAUUCCUUCGAUUCUCCCCGCUUCUAGUACAUAGGAACAAUUCAUGUGUACCUUUUUCGCCUGUGCGAGGAGGUUUUAGUCGUUAGACGCCACA